AUGAUAAGGAGGAAGGAGCAGGAGGUAAGUAGAUUGAAGUGUGGGAUAACAGUACCAGUGGUUGGUCUGGGCACUUAUUCCUUCGAGAAUGAUAGAGAGACAACUGAACUGGCUGUCCAUAUGGCUCUCCAAAUGGGUUACAGGCAUUUUGAUACAGCAAAGAUAUACGGGUCGGAGGCGGCCCUAGGAGGAGCUCUAACGAGGGCGAUUGAGGAUGGGAUGGUAGAGAGAGAGGACGUUUUUGUUACAUCUAAGCUAUGGGGAAGCGACCACCAUGACCCUGUCUCCGCCCUCAACCAAACUCUGCAGAGCCUGGGAAUGGAGUAUGUGGACAUGUACCUGGUGCACUGGCCGGUGAAGCUGAAGCCGGGGACGUACAAGGCGGUGCCGGCGGAAGAUGAGUUCGAAGCAGUGGUAGACCUGGAGACCACUUGGGCAGGCAUGGAGAGAUGCUUGGACAUGGGGCUCUGCAGGUGCAUUGGCGUCAGCAAUUUCUCCUCCCGCAAACUCCUCCGCCUCUUGGAUUUUGCUUCCGUCCCUCCCGCCGUUAAUCAGGUGGAAAUGCAUCCAAUGUGGAGGCAGUCGAAGCUGAGGGAGUUCUGCAGAGAGCACAAUAUCCAUGUAAGUGCGUACUCACCACUUGGGGGGCCAGGCAACUCAUGGGGAACCACUGCUGUGCUCAAUAACCCUAUCAUUCAAUCCAUUGCCCUCAAGCACAAUGCCACCCCCGCUCAGGUUGCUCUAGGAUGGGGAUUAUCGAAGGGAUCGAGCGUGAUAGUGAAGAGCUUCAACCGAGACAGGCUGAAAGAGAACAUGGGAGCCCAUGAUCUAAGAUUGGACGAUCAGGAUCUACUUGAGAUAGAGAAGCUGGAGGAGAGGAAGGUUAUGAGGGGAGAGGUUUAUGUUAACGAAACAAGCAGCCCAUACAAAACGCUCAGGGAUCUAUGGGAUGGUGAGAUUUAA